AUGGUGUUCGCAAUCCUUGUCUUCUUCACAUUUACGCCAGCAUGGGCCGUUCGAACAGUUGAUCUUUCCGCCACUCGUGCAGGGCCUGAGAUUAUCGCAUACAAUGAGGUUGCCAUUCCCAGCGUGUCUCAGCUUGAAGAAUGGAAGGAAAAGCUCUCUGCGGCUGGACCUCUUGAGCAGCCCAUAGGACCCACCAGCGCGUUCAUUAUCGACAUCUCCAUGCGCAUGGCGCUCCUGGCCUACGGCCGAACCAGCGUCGCAGGUUCUACUGGUCGUGUUGACUUGCUGACGCCGAAAGAAGGGGGACCAAUCAGUGUCAUCCAGCUGGCAGUCAGGGGUGUGGAGGCUAGAGAGUACAGAGACCAUGUCGCAAAGCUAAAAGCAGCCGGAAAGCGCGGAGUUCCUUAUGGUGAGAGGCUUGGAGAAGAGGAUACCAGCCCUUACGUGCUGGUAUACAUGGUGAAGCUUUCAGACGGAGGGAUUGGCUUGAUCUUAAGCUUCAAGGGAUCCACAAAUGGCCUCGACUGGAAAAGGAACUUCAAUUUUUUGCCCACGAGACUUAGCUCGGACAGUGGUGUCAAAGUGCACAAAGGCUUCGGUUGGCAUGUUGACAGCAUCUUCCAGAAGAUGUCCCAGGUUGGCCGAAAGGUUGCCACCCUCUACAACGCAUGGGGAUCAUGGGGCAUCCCUAGCCACAUCCAGUCCUUGGAGGACUUUGUCACCAGUGGUGUUUGGAAAUGGUGUAUUUGCGUUGGCCACAGCUUAGGCGGUGCCAUGGCUGCUAUGGCGUCUCAGAGAAUCGCAAGCUCAAGUUCUGUGGGCCCCAAUACUGUGUAUGCAGUUUCCAUUGGUGCCCCAGUUCCCGGCAACAAAGCCUUUGUGGCAGACAUGAAGAGUAAGGUGCUGCCCCAGGGCGGACUCCGCAUUGAGAAUCCAUAUGAUCUCGUGCCAUGGACAGGCUACGGUGGCGUGAAGUUCAUAUCGCGGCAUGUCAAUGGCAUAGUCUGGAUACUUCCCAAGGAUCAAUGGAUGAAGCGUUCUCAAAAGCUCUCGGCCCACCUGACAUUCAACGUGGUCGAACAUGCUACAGACAAUGCCACCAAGCAUCGUCGAUAUGUUUUCUCAGGUCAUGAGACAAAGAGGGAUCCCGAUGAGACAGCACUUGCGAACUACAAAGAUGUGUCUGUGAGUAGCGUGGAGGACAGUGAACGUGUCUACUAG